UGGUGGAUGAGCUCUACUCACUGCCCCCUUCGCUGAGCCUUGCACUCGUCGGUCUUUGUGUCUGCAUCCUGCAGGGUCUCAGGACAUGGCCUCUCCAGCUACAACCGUUUCGCCUGCUAGCUUGGCUAUUUCUCCUUACGCCCAGUCCAACCCCAUUGACUUAACACUUGACGAUGACGGUGAUACACCUAAUGACACAAGACAGACGAAGCGCAUGCGCUGUGAACAUAAACAUCCGAGUUCACUCAGUCAAGGGAGCGAGCAAUUUGCUCCGAAGAAUUAUGCGACCCCUCAGCUCUCCUACAACCAUUCUCAGACAGCGUCGAAACCAGGCCUGCAUUCCAUUCCCAGUAAUACCCUAGCUCUGUCACCUUCGCGAGGGAUUUAUCGUCCCGCGUUUGCCGGACCUGUCCCCUUACCUCCUAUAAGCGUGCCUUCGCCUAUUCCAGGAACCUCUGGAUCACAGUCAUCAAGCUCUUCGACGCGGAGUCCUCCCUCCGCCACACCUGGCAUUGGCUCUUCUGCUCGCCAGGUAAUAGAUUUGACGUCUUCUCCCUCCCCUCCUCCACAGGCGCCUCCGUCCUUCCAGCCCAAUAUGGGAGGUCUGCCGGAGAGUCUUCCUCCAAAGACCCCCGUUUGCAUCGGUCAGAUAACUGUCACGGCACUGGUUCUUUACCCAAUACCCUAUCUACGUCCUUCGAAUACGGACGGAAUCAGUCAAGAAGCGGAUUGGAUCCCAGUCCGGCUACAGUAUGAGUACACGCCCAACAAAGCAGGCGGUCAGGAAACGAUACACAUCAAGACGCCUGCAAUGCGCACGCCUAUGGGAGAGAUUGCCAGCGAAAAUUUUGGGGUUGUUGAACAGAAGGUUGCCUCAGCCUUGGGACCUAUGCUGGGAAAAGGGUUGAUAAAGCUGGAUGCGAAGGUGCGCAGGGGGAUGCCGAAUGUUCCCAUUCUUCCGCUUCAAAUGCUAGUAUCUACCCCGAAAGGGAACAUUCCUGUAGUCGGCAACUAUUUCCACCGUAACGGUCUUCUGCUGGACCAUCCAACAUUUCCUUUCGACAGGCAAAGUCUGGGAAGCUUCCCAUAUUAUAACCCCCACAAUCCCCCUCCUGGCGGCUUCCGUAAUAUUUUCACGAAUCAGCGCAUAGGAUAUGCUGGUCCGGGCGGUAACAACAUGGGUCGAUGGACCACGCCUGCUGUGUCGGGUAAAAGUGUGGAGGUUCAGCGUAGCCAGAUAGAUGAGCUUUUCAAAAGCUUAAAGAGCGGCGAUGAACUUGCAGAGACUGAUCCCCCUGCUGAGAUUGCUACGAAACUCUAUCCGCAUCAGAAGAAGGCACUUACCUUCCUGCUUGAGCGAGAGCAAGAGCGACUUUGUCCAGAUGGCAAAUCCUCAUCCCUUUGGCAAGAGAGAAUGAACCCAAUAUCUGGACAGACGUCGUGGUUCCAUAUCGUCACCCAGAAAGAGGUAUUUGAAAAGCCCGUGGAAAGUAAAGGUGCCAUACUCGCAGACGACAUGGGCUUAGGCAAGACAAUUACUUGCGUUUCCCUGAUUGCCUCGACACUGCGAUCGGCUCAUGCGUUCGCAUCCUCUCCUCUUGUUCCGCCGAAGCCGCCACCUGUAGAACGCGGCAGCUCGUCAAAUUUGACAGCCUCCCAUUUUGCCGGCUCAGUCUGGGGUAUGCCUGAAACCAAUCCUGAAGCCUGCUCCUCUUCAUCCAAAGGCAAAGGUCGCGCCACGAAGGACCAGGACAAAGCCGAAGCCGAAUACGUCAGAGCCUGUCGCAUCAAAGUGAGAUCCCGGGCCACGCUGAUAAUUUGUCCCCUGUCGACUGUUGCCAACUGGGAAGAACAAUUCCGGGAGCACUGGAAGGGUGACGUGAAUGUUGUCGGAGGCGCAGGAACUGUUUGCUCUGUGACUGCUGCUCUGCAAUCGCAGUCCCUGUCAUCUACUGGGAGUGAUCCUCCGUCGGUAUCCCAGAAACUUGGUCGUGUCCGUGAAGGAAAGUCAAUUCGCGUCUAUGUCUACCAUGGGAAUGCACGGCGACCCGACCCAACUUUUCUUGCGGAUUUCGAUGCUGUAAUAACUACGUAUACGACGUUGGCAUCAGAGUUCUCUAAGCAGACUCGGAGUAUUGCCACUGUUGAUGAGGACGAAGAUGACGAAAGUAGCGACGGACUGGCUGAAGUGGAUGAGAUGGGUAACACUAUCAUGAAGCUGUCGAAACCGAAGAAGAAUGGUAUGAAGCGGAAGAAACCCUGCGGCAAUGGUGUCGAGGCCACCAGUCCUUUACAGAGUGUAUACUGGUUUAGAGUUGUCCUGGACGAGGCACAUACUAUCAAAGAGACGUCUACCGUCGGAUGCCGAGCUUCUUGCGACCUCAUGGCCGAUAGGCGACUUUGCCUCACGGGUACUCCUGUGCAGAAUAAGCUUGACGAUGUCUAUGCCCUCAUCAAGUUCCUUCGGCUCGCUCCGUUCCACGAUAAGCUAGUGUGGACGGAAUAUAUUGGUACGCCUGUGAAGUUCGGACAACCGCUCGGCGUAGCACGACUACAGACAAUUAUGAAGUGCAUCACCCUACGCCGGACCAAGGAAUCGAAGACACAGGAUGGAAAGAGAAUCCUUUCGCUUCCCCCGCGCCGCGAUGAGCUACGUUUCUUGAAAUUCGACGAGCAAGAACAAGCUAUCUACGAUCAGUUCUUCAGUGAAUCCAAAGCAGAGUUCAAUGAGCUUUCAAACAAGAACGAGGUCAUGAAGAAUUACGUAGGGAUCCUGCAGAAGAUCCUGCGGCUUCGCCAAAUAUGCGAUCACUACGAACUGGUGCAGCUCGGCAGUAACGACCCUCAGCAAGGCUCGACAUCUGGAUAUGAUGAUGCGAUUGCUGCUAUAUGCCGAGAAGGCAUCGACGCGAACAGGGCGGCCGCCGUCUUCACCCUGCUCCGCGAGUCGGGCACAACUCAAUGCGUGGAAUGUGGAGGAGAGUUGAGUGUGGCCACAGAGUCUGCGCAGAGUGAAGGCUUGGAUGCUGAUGUAGCGCCGGUCCCCAAGCGAGGCAGGAAACCCAAGCCAUGUUCUCGUGGACCUACUCGCCCUAGUAGUCCUUCGGGACCCCGUCCCAUUGUCACUCGCUGUCAGCAUCUGUUCUGCUUUGAGUGUUAUCAAAGUGCUGUUUGCCCUGGGUGGCCCAAUGUACCACCCGAUGUCCUUCGUUCGUGUUCGACUUGCCAAGCCGCGUUAUCUCCCAGGGAUGCCGUAGAGGUCAGCCCAUACUGUACUCCUCCGGAACUCGUGUAUAAGAAGAAGCCAAUGAAGAGGCAGAAGAGGCCCAAGGACGCUUUACUGGACAAUUUCCGCCCUUCAACCAAAGUGAAAGCCCUGCUCGGUGAUCUCAUCCAAUUUUCGAAGGCCAAUCCUCAUUCUGCCAACUAUGACCCAGCCUCCGUGGAAAUACAGAUGGUGGACGACCAGGGAAACCAGCUCGAAGACGGAGUCGUUAAGACAAUUGUCUUUUCGCAAUGGACGUCUAUGCUGGAUAAGGUUGAAGAUGCCCUCGAAGCUGCGGGAAUCCGUUACGAACGCCUGGACGGAACCAUGAAACGCGAUGAUAGGACUCGUGCUAUGGAGGUCCUCAAACACGAUCCAGGUUGCGAGGUAUUACUAGUCAGUUUGAAAGCUGGAGGUGUCGGUUUGAACCUGACGGCGGCUCAGCGAGUGUAUUUGAUGGAUCCAUACUGGAAUCCGGCAGUGGAGAACCAAGCUGUCGAUCGCAUCCACCGAUUGGGUCAAACACGCCCUGUGACAACCGUUAGACUCAUCAUCGAGAACACAAUCGAGGCUCGAUUGCUGGAGGUACAAAGGAAGAAGACAGAGCUAGCUAACAUGACGCUCGGGCAGAAUUUCAGCAAGGCCGAAAUGCUGCAACGCCGCAUGGAAGAAUUAAACCAGCUCUUCAAGACUUAGUUUAUACAUUCCAUAUUCCAUUUCUUCUAUUCUAUUGGCGUAUAAUCACUUCAAAUCAACAGGACCUCAGUCAUUAUUAUUGUAGGGUACGACAAAUACGGAUCUCCAAAGUACUAGAAAGCGAAAUACGCCGCGUUCUUCCUGGUCCCGAAAGAAUAGACUGCGAGUUGGC